UUUGUGAUCAUGUUUACAGCAUAUGUUCUAAUAAUUUGCAGUAAUUCUUCUAUUGUGUGCAUCAUUGUGAUUCAUGAAUCCCUCCAUGAGCCGAUGUACAUUUUCAUUGCAGCUCUGUUACUGAACUCUCUUCUUUUCAGCACUGCUAUCUACCCAAAGCUUUUGAUUGACUUUUUAUCUGAAAAACAGAUCAUAUCAUAUCCAGCCUGUCUCUUUCAGUGGUGUAUAUAUUAUGCUCUAGCCACUUCAGAAUUUUAUCUCUUGGCAGCCAUGGCCUAUGACAGGUAUGUGUCUAUAUGUAAACCUCUGCAAUAUCAAACUAUCAUGAGGAAAUCAACUGUCACUAUUUUCUUGGUUUUAGCUUGGCUUGUGCCGGCUUGUCAGGUUGUGGUGCCAAUUGUACUAAAUGCUAAUAAAAAACUCUGUAACUUUGUUUUCAAAGGAAUCAUUUGUAACAGCACAGUUUACAAACUUCACUGUGAGAGUUCAGGAGUGCUGAAUAUAUAUGGCUUGAUUGUUUUGGUAAAUGGUCUCCUUCUCCCUGUGCUCUUCAUACUUUUUACAUACACCAGGAUAUUUAUAAUAACAUAUCACAGCUGCAGAGAAGUCAGGAGAAAAGCUGCACAGACCUGUUUACCCCACCUGAUUGUUUUAAUCAACUUUUCCUGUUUGAGUGCAUAUGAUGUACUUCUACUGCGACUGGAAACAGAUUUUCCCCAAACUGUACGUUUAAUAAUGACGUUACAAAUGGUAAUAUAUCAUCCUCUCUUCAAUCCAAUCAUAUAUGGACUAAAAGUGAAAGAAAUUUAUAAACACCUGAAGAAGUUGUUCUGCAAAACGGGCUGA